CCUCUUUAGGCUGUAUCCAGAGCCUCCGGCAGAAAGAUCGACGUUGGCGGCAUUCACGGGUCCAGAGACUGAUGGCCUCAAAUAUGACAACGAAACAGGAGAAGUGUUAUGAUCCGAAUGACCCAACACUUAAGUUUGUUGAUAGAGAGGAUGAUUUGGAUUUCUUGUGUGAAGGCUUCAAAUCUCUCAGAGCUCAGAUGUCCUGUGGUCACGCUGUGACCCCGACCUCUCUCACCAACUGGUGUCGCAGGUUGUUGGACCAGGGUGAAAGCAGGUUUGUGUGUGGCGGGUCUGGUUGUAGUGCUGAGUGGACUUUUGCCGAGGUUUGUAAAAUGGCUCUUCUGGACCCUCAAGAAACUAAGUAUUUCCGAAGAACAUUGACAUUCAACGUCGCCAGGCAGACACUUGUUACCAGAUUUUGUCCUGUAUGCAGAUCCACUGUGAUGAGAGAGAAUGGAUCAGACUUGAAUGUCCUCUGUAAAGAGUGCACAGCAGUAAAAGGACAGACCUUUGAAUUCUGCUGGCAGUGUUUGAGGGAGUGGAAGGGUCCACGGCCUCGGACAGACCGCUGUGAAAAUGAUGGCUGCUGUAACCACUCACUAAAAACACUAAAAGUAUGCCCAGAUAUCACCUUUGAUUCAGUUGAGGAAGUCCGCGGGUGUCCCUCUGUCCGUGCCUGUCCCACCUGUGGGUUCCUGGUAGAGCACAGCAAGAGGCGCUGUAAAUUUGUUGUUUGUCCUCGAUGUAAGGUGAAGUUCUGUUUUGUGUGCCUGAAGAGCUAUACUAAAUGUAUUAAAACCAGUGACUACUUUGGAGCAUGCUUCAGUCGUGUAGCUCCCAGACAGACAUCGAUACCUGUAUGGCAGAAAAAAUAA